AUGGAGUAUCCAGAUUUUGCCUUUUCAAUGCCAACCUGCUAUCAGCUGGGAAUUCCGAGUGAGAAUCCUCCACUCAGUCAACUGCCUCCGUAUUAUGGACCGCCGAUGACUAUGCCGAUUCCUCACCCGUUGUAUGACUAUAACCUUGAACCAGCCUUCAUUCGCAAGAGAAACGAAAGGGAGCGAAUUCGAGUACGUCACGUCAACGAAGGCUAUGCGCGCCUUCGAGAACACCUCCCCGACGAACCUACAGAUAAGCGGAUGUCAAAGGUAGAGACAUUACGGGCCGCAAUCAGGUACAUUAAACACUUAGAGAGCUUGUUGGAUGUCGGCAAAGAUAGCAAACAGGAUAAGAACACCGAGGGAACCUCAAAAAAACAAGAAUCUACAGAGGACGAGAGGUAA